CUGUCAGAUCCACUCAUCCGCUUGUCACGCUCGCACGCCCCCGUCCAUUCCAACCCUACUGGACACCACCGUUCACUCUCUCAGCUCUGCCGCGCGGCCCAAGCUGCCGCGACAGAGAACAUCGCUCGGAGGCUGUAGCGGACGCGCAGCUGCGAGGCGAGGGUCGGGAACCAAGGCACGCCGGCGGGGCGUCACCCGCGCCGCGCGCCAGCUGUGUUUUUCCUUUUGCACUCACUUCGGCUGCGCACGCGUCUCCCGCCUCGACCACCUCCUUUCUGUCUCUUCUGACGACCUCUCGCUAUCUUCCGUUGCCACCACUCCUCCACACGACCCGCAACGCCUCCACGCCGAACCCCACUCAGAACGCGCGCCCGUCGUCAGCUGCCCCGUCUCCUCUUUUCCACUCUUUUCUAGGGGCCCAGCCGCGGUAUUUCCGCCCCACAAUAAUGCUCGCCCUCCGCGCUCUCGCACCGCGCCUCGCCGCCCCCGCCGCGCAGGCACGCCUGUACACCACCCAGCUGUCCGCCGCGGCCGCCGACCUCCCCUACCGUGUACGACGCAACUCUCAUGGCGCGGUCCCAGUGUACACCGACAUACGCAAUGGAGGCACGCGAUACCUGGUGCAGAUUCGCAACGUAGAGGGCAACGUAGAUGCGCUCGCGCACGACCUCAAGAGUUCACUGUUCCCCGCUGGCACGCGUGAAGCGGAACGCAUGAAGAUCGAGACUAUUCGCCAGCGGCACGUCGUCCUCAGCGGCGGGCGCUGGAAAGCAGAUGUCCUACGCUGGCUGGCAGAACGCGGCUUCUAGGGCGCGCAUACCACCCUAUUGUCCGCCUCGCGCCGAUUGUCCGUCCUCGAGGCCCGUUUGGCUAUCCACCGCCCCAUACUCGUAUCCUGCUUCGAUUAUGAUACACCGCUAAUACAGUCCUGUCGCCGCGCACCUGCCCCAGAUCCGCUGGGCGCCAACGCCCAACACAUGCCCUGCAGCACUUCCGGUGCCGUGCUGCUAAUAUUACGAAGCCCAGUUCCGCGCCCGCGCCCAUGUCGCUGUCAGUCGUCCACCACGCGUGUGGAGUGACUCUGCAUUUGACCACAGGCUGUAUUCGCAAUGAACCCGUUCCGUGUGCGAUAUUUGGGCCCUGGUGCUCCCGUUACUCCCAG